AUCCCAGGACACGCUCUCUUGCCGCAAGUUCAGCUUCCGCCAUUUGCUUCUUCGCGACUUGACAGUUCACCUCACACUCGUCUGGUCUCUUCCCAGUCGCCUCGCCGCGUCUCUCUCGCUGCGGCGUCCUCCGCCACGCCGCCAUGUCGUCGCUACGGAAUGUCGUCAAGCGCAAGGCGCACAAAGAACGAGCCCAGCCGCUGGCGCGGCGGCGGCUGGGGCUGCUGGAGAAGCACAAGGACUACGUGCUGCGCGCCAGGGACUUCCACCGCAAGGAGGACGCCAUCCGGUUGAUGCGCGAGAAGGCGGCGAUGAGGAACCCGGACGAGUUCUACUUCAAGAUGGAGCACACGCGCCUGCACAAAGGCCGCCACACGCGCGUGGAGAAGGACGAGUGGACGGAGGAGGAGGUGCGGCUGAUGGCCACCCAGGACAUGGGGUACAUCCGCACCAAGUGGCGCGCCGAGCAACAGAAAGUGGAGCGGCUACAGGCAUCACUGCAUCGCGUGGAUGAGCCGCACAGGAACCAGCACCUCGUCUUCGCACACAGUGACGACAGCGCCUCAACCCCCUCCAAGCACCAGCGCCGGUCCUCCUCUCCUCAACGCGAGGCCACUCCCCCGCCUGUGACCAAGCCACUCAACACACGACUCAACCGGCACCGUGAGGCGCUGUAUGCGGAGCUGAAGGAGCGCAAGCAGAGGGCGCGGCGGCUGCACGCCAUGCUGGACGAGAUGGUGCUCAAGCAGCAGCGCAUGGCGGAUGGUCAACAAAAGAAGGAUCAAGUGGGAGAGGAUGGUGACGAGAAGCCAAAGCGGCGUACUGCCUCUAAACCAAUCAAGGAGCGCAAGAGAUGAAUAGUAGAGAAGAACCAUCAGUAUUAUGUUAAUAGCAUUGUAGCAUCUUAGAGGUCCUGCAUAUAUAAUGUCAUUAGUCAAGCUGUCAUAAAUGGAUACUAUUACGGCACAGCUUCAAUGGAUGGUCUGCAUGAAUGCUGGGAUGGCUUGGUCUGUCCAGUGCAAUUCUUUGAUUAAUUCCAUGGUCGGUUCGGUCGUUU